ACGAUUCACGAUUGCAUUUGCUGCAUAAAGGCCGACUGAGAUGACUCGUCCCUUCAGCCCGUCUUGCUGUAUACCAUCACCUCUCAAUCACAGAUCAACGCGGCAUCAAUGUCUUCGCUCUUUGGCGCUCUCUCAGGUGCGCUAAGCGCUGCCCAAAAGGUCGUCUCUGGCUCGCAGCCCCACACACGUUCGCUGCAAAAAGAGAUCCGUAUCAAGAGCUUGCACUUGCACCCCAUCAAGUCGUGCGCGGGCAGCAGCGUUGCGGAAGCGGAGAUCACGCAAGAAGGCUUCAAGUAUGAUCGUACGUGGCUCAUCAUCGAUGCCAAGGAUAAGAAGUUCUGCACCGCUCGAGGCACACCGCACAUCGUUCGCAUCAAGCCCAUGAUCGACUCGCAGAGGGGAGUGCUGGUCAUCGAGGUGCCAGCAUCGAAGGACGUGGAAGCAGAUGCGGAAAGCACGACUCUGGAGGUGCCUUUGGACCCAUCGAACGAGGAGCUGAGCAGGGCGGAGCUAGUUUCGGAUGUCGAGAUCUGGGGUUUCCUUGCGGAUGGAUACGCAGUCUCGAAGGAAGCAGAUGAUGCGCUAACCAAAUUCAUGGGCAAGCCUGUGAGGCUGGUGCGAAAAGGUCCAAAGGUGCGGCCGGGUGGGCUCGAUGACCCGCGUGGCGAGGAGUCCAAGACCAGCUUCCAGGACUUUCACUCGCUGACUGUGGCGUCAGCAGAGUCAUUGGAACAUGUUCAAAAGACGCUCGUGGCUAGCGUGUAUCCAGAGCGAGCUCAAGCGGGGGACAUGAAAGUUGGGACCACUGCAGUCGAAUGCUUCACUGUGCCAGGCAGCCUAAACAGAGAGUUCUGGACCGAGGAACGUUUGUCGAGAUUCCCCAUCGAACGCUUUCGCAUCAACAUUAUCCUCGAGUCUGCUGGCAACAACAAGCUUGAUCCAUGGGAGGAAGAUGGUUUCAAGAGGAUCGAAGCUUUCCCGGCUUCGCAGGCCUCUCACGCACCCUUUGGCCCAGACGCGCGUGGCAAUGGCGUCGGCAUUCACGUCAACGCCAAAUGCGGACGAUGCCUCGUCCCUUCAGUCGAUCUGAACACUGGCAAGAGAGAUCCGCACAUUCCUUAUCUCGUGUUGCAAAAGUUCAGGCAGGUGCAGCCAGAGUUGAAAAAGGUGGGCAAACCGUGCUUCGGAGUGCUCUCCUCUCCAGCACAGAACACCGGCUCCCUUCGAGUGGGAGAUGUGGUUCGUGUUGUGAGCACAGUGGACCCUGACACCCGACCCCUCACCAAGUGAUGCACCUCCGCCAAGAGGGCCGCUGACACUUAGCAGCGACUCUUCCUCAACGACAUUGUAUGAUAUGACGAACCCUGCUGUGUGACAAACACACCUCCCUGAGCAGAUCAUCAGCGACUCGAACCGAAAGACUUGUGAUAGCAC